CAACAAAACUAAGAAUUUCUUUUUCGGUUUUUCUGUUGUGUUCAUCGAUCAUCAGUGUCACAAAUGCAUCUGUCUUUCUCCAUGCCAUACCGUAUCAUAUUUACAUAAUUCCAACAGGCGAUCGGAGAAGGGAACGACCACCACAUAAAUUCCACUCGACAAAUCUGAAACAGCAACGAUGAAUAGAAUAGGAACAAAGGAAUACCAGCGAGCGCACAGGUGGAUUUUCCACCUUUGUUCAAUUUACAUGGCAUCUGCCUUUGUACAACAGGCACCGCUGACGACGCCGCUGCAACAGCAUCGAAGGACGAGCCAUUCACUCGGGUCGCUCGGGGAAACAAGGAGAUUGAAUAGUGCUAUUUGGUCCACCGUCAAGACCGAUGGGUUAGCGGACAACAAAGACAAAACUUUUGAUGAACUCUUGGGGGACCCAUCCAAUUUUGCCAAGGCUAUCCGUUUUUUCAGAUCGCACCCCGAAGACAUUGAACUGACGCGCGAUCGAUUCGGAAAAAUAUUCGAUGCGAUCGAGGAACGAACCUUCCAGGACGACACCGACAACAGCGGCCAGCGGCAACAGCAACAGCAACCAGCAUUUUCUCAAUCGAGAAAAGAAAUGGCGGAGAUGUAUUCGUUGCUCAAGGAACAGGGGCACCUGCGCCUGUUUGGCGCCAUCACGAAAGAAAACAUGCCUGCCUCUGGUUCGCACAACGUGCGACCGAAGAUGCUCGAGGCCAUCACGUCGCUGUCCAUGAGCUCGCUGACGCCCCAGCCGUCCAACACGCUGCUCUACGCUGGUAUGGGGGUGGCCCUCCUGGAGUCGAUCGCCAGUGGAUUCUUGGGACUGGACCUGAACGCGGUCUUUUUUGCCACCUUUGGUGUGGCCCUGUGCGACCAGGUGUUCCUGAACGGUGCCGUCAGCGAAACCUGCGUGAAGAUGCUCUCUCCCGAGACGCAACCGAAGAUUACCCGCCACGAGGCCGGGCAUUUCCUCUGUUCGUAUAUCCUGGGCUGUCCCGUCGAGGGUUACGUCUUGUCGUCGUGGGGGGCUCUCGAGGACCCUCGCUUUCGGGGGCUCGGUGUCUCUGCGGGCACAUCGGUGAGUCUUGUUCGAAACUAUCUCCACGGUUGCAUCUCGAAACUUCGCUUGCUACCGUUGCGAUGCCUUGUUCUAACGUACUAAUUCACAAAUCCUUCAUACAUUGCAGUUCUUUGAUCCUGAUUUAUCCAGUCAGAUCGAAAAUUCGAAAAUCACCCGUUCCGCCAUCGAUCGAUAUUCAAUCAUUGUUAUGGCUGGUAUCGCUGCAGAGGCCGUCAUGUACGGAAAAGCGGACGGAGGAGCCGGCGACGAACAAGCGUUGAUUGGUACGUAUAUGUUCGUACAUUUUUUGGUCUUGUUUUGAUCAAAAUUUUGCUGCUGCUCAUAGAAUCGUUCUUCUUUGUUGGGUAUUCUUUGCUGUUUUUAGCCUUUCUUUCAAAUCUGAACGGCGGACCAUCGCUGUCAUCGGCACCCGUUUGGAAUGAACAAACGAUAAGAAAUCAGGCUCGCUGGUACGUAGAUGGUCAAAACCUCUGAAUAUAUUGUGUUCCGUAUGUAGGAAGCGUUUUUAUUGGCAUGCCUAGGCAAUCGAUUCUGAUGUAUUGAGACUAUUUUUUUGUUUUUGUUUUUUCAGGGGUGCACUGCAAUCGGUGCUGAUCCUCAGGGAAUACAAAGAAUGCUAUGAUGCGCUCGUUGACACCCUGGAACGCAACGGAUCUCUUGGAGACUGCAUAUAUGCUAUCGAGAACGCGGCUCGGGAACACGACCUACAGCCGCUUCGGAUACCACUCGGGUACAUUUCGGAAGAGGGAGACACCGAAAUAUGGAACAAGAUCGUUCCGAGCCAGCCGAGCGACGAGAACACGGUACAGGAAGCCGCCGCAAAAACUCAGGUUUCUGCUCCAGAAGUAAAAAAGACCACCGCAGAUCCCGAGGAAUCGCUAGCAUCGCUACGAGCAUACAAAGAAACAAUUACCAACAAGCUCAGAGACAUCGAUGAGAAACUGGAAGGAUUGUAAAAUAAAAACGCUAGCUAGCUAUUGUAGACCAUUAAAAAAUAAAAUACAUCACUGACU